CGUUCUGUACCAGCCCUUUCCCUAGGAUGGAACAUAGCAUAGUGUCCAGGUCGUCCCUGGCGGUUGAAUGUCACUGAAGACUGAACAGCUUGGCAAAGAAUUCGGAAGGUAUGGAUGAGAAAGGUGACCCGAGCAAUGAGGAAGCCCCCAAGGUCAUCAAACCCACCAGUAAAGAGUUUAGGAAAACGUGGGGGUUUCGAAGGACCACCAUUGCUAAACGAGAGGGCGCUGGGGACGCGGAGUUAGACUCUGUGGAUCAGCAGCCCCAGCAGCAGCAGCAGAGCCUUUCCUUGCGACGCAGCGGGCGGCAGCCGAAGCGGACCGAGAGGGUGGAGGAGUUUCUCACGACGGUCCGGCGCAGAGCGCGGAAGACUCUGCCUGUGUCCCCCGAGGACCCCGGUGAGCCGACCUCCUGCCCAGUGACAGAUGUGGAAACCGCUUCGGAGGGGAGCGUCGAGAGCACCUCUGACAGCAAAGGUGGGCCCAAGGCCAGCCCCCCGGGCGGCAAGGGACGCCUGGCUUCGUCUGCAGCGGCCAAAGGAGGGGACGGCGAGGAUGGCACUUCUGACAGUGACAGCGAUGGGCUGACCUUGAAAGAGCUUCAGAAUCGCCUGCGAAGAAAGCGGGAACAAGAGCCAGCCGAUCGGCCCCUGAAAGGGGCCCUGAGUCGCCUGAGGAAGAAGCGUCGGGAGGAGGACCCGACAGAAGCCGCUGACAUGGAGACGGCAGAUGCCGCGGAGAGCUCCCCGCCCGGCCAGCAAGAGCCCGCCGCCCAGCAGGCAGCGAGCGACGCCCGGGAGCGGGCCUCGGACGGGCGGGCGGCCCCCGGGCCCAGAGAGGGCGGCCCCAGAGGCUCCGCCAAGCACAAGCCCGAGAGCGAGGCGUACGACCCCAGCGCCUUGUACUGCAUAUGUCGCCAGCCUCACAACAACAGGUUUAUGAUCUGCUGUGAUCGAUGUGAAGAAUGGUUUCACGGCGACUGUGUGGGCAUUUCGGAGGCGCGUGGGCGGCUCCUGGAGCGGAACGGGGAGGACUACAUCUGCCCCAACUGCACCAUCCUGCAGACGCAGGACGAGCCGCCGGCCGAGGGCCCCGGCCAGCCGGAGGCGCGGCUGCAGCCUGCCGACGCCGACGGCACGGACUGCACGAGCAUGGGGACCAUAGAGCAGAAGUCCAGCGAGGACCAGGGGAUAAAGGGGAGGAUUGAGAAGGCCGCAAACCCGAGCGGCAAGAAAAAGCUCAAGAUCUUCCAGCCGGUCGCAGAGGUCCCCGUCGCCGCGAAGUGCAUCGGGCCCGGGUGCUCGAGCGUGGCGCAGCCCGACUCCGUCUACUGCAGCAGCGACUGCAUCCUGAAGCACGCCGCCGCCACCAUGAAGUCGCUGGGCGCGGGGAAGGAGCCCAGAGCCAAGCCCAAGGAGAAGGCCAAGGCCAGGCCAGAACGGAUCAUUCUUCCAAAGUGUAGCGUUCAGGCAGGCAUUAAAGUCUCUUCUCUGCACAAGAGGCCGGCUCCAGACAGGAAGGAACCCGCCGCGAAGAAGGCAGUGGCAGCCCCCGCCCGGAGCGAGGGCCUCCCCGAGGAGACGCCCUGCGAGAGCACCACGCCGUCCUGGGCCAGCGACCACAAUUACAAUGCAGUGCAGCCGGAGCGGCCCGCUGCCCCGUGGCCGGCCCUGGUGUGUAAAUCCGUGAAGGAGGACCGGCAAGUGGAGGAGAACACGGCAGCUGCGGGGACGAAGAAGGUGGUGGCGCCGGGCCCUGCUCUGGGCGGCAGGCAGCCCUCGCCCCGGAGACUCCUCCCGAAGAAGUCACCUCCUUUCCCAGGUGCGGCCAAGCCGGCCGUCCGGAAGCUGCCCUCGGGCUUCACCGGCACCAUCCCCAAGCGGCCCUGGCCCUCGGCUGCUGCCUCAGGCAGCGCUCCCUCCACCAAGCAGACGGGGCUGGGGCCUGGCGCCACCACGGCUGCUUCCAAAAGGCCGCCUGCCCCCACCACCCUGGGGGGUGCUGCCCGGAAGCCCAUGGCGGCCUCUGUCCCCUUGGCCUCCCCAGCCCCAGGCCGUCUGGGGGCCUCGAACGCUGCCCCAUCGCAGCCAAAUUCACAGAUCCGGCAAAAUAUUCGGCGCUCCUUGAAGGAGAUUUUGUGGAAGAGAGCCAGUGACAGUGACGACCUCAUGAUGACAGAGAGCGAGGUCGGGAAGGUCGCCCUCCACAUCGAGAAGGAGAUGUUCAACCUCUUCCAUGUCACCGACAAUCGCUACAAGAGCAAAUACCGCAGCAUCAUGUUCAACCUCAAGGACCCCAAGAACCAGGGCCUCUUCCAUCGUGUUCUGCGGGAAGAGAUCUCUUUGGCCAAACUUGUGAGAAUGAAGCCGGAAGAACUUGUGUCUAAAGAGCUCUCCACGUGGAAGGAGAGGCCGACAAAGCCCAUGGCAGAGCCCAGAGCGAAGCUGCACCAGGAGAGUAAGAAGGUGGCCGCCAGGCAAGAGGCCAUCCCUGACCUGGAAGACUCCCCGCCCGUGUCAGACUCAGACGAACAAGAGUCGGUGCGCACCGCCCCCGAGAAGAGCGCCGCGCCCGCGCUGGACGUGUUCAGCAGCAUGCUGAAGGACACCACGGGCCAGCACCGCGCCCACCUCUUCGACCUGAACUGCAGGAUCUGCACAGGUCAGCUUCCCUCAGAAGAUGAACCAGCCCCGAAAAAACAGAAAACAUCGGCUCCUGCGAAGAGAGAAGAGUCCAAACUCAAGUGCGACAGCUCGCUCUCUGAGCCAGCUCUCGGCCCUGCCGACGACACAGUCCUGGAAGCGCUGCCUGGAAACGCCUCUGAACCCGACCCAGAGAGCGCGCCCCAGGCCCCCUCGGAGAGGGGCCUCCCCGGGACCCCGGGAGACAGCCGCCGUGAGCCCUCCGCCCCGGAAGGGCCCUCUUGCCCGGCCCCCAGCGGGGGCACCGUGGUCACCACCGUCACCGUGUCCGGCCGCGACCCCAGGACCGCACAGAGCACGGCGAGCACCAUCGCGCCGCCCGCGGCGGCCCCCCCAGACAGCACCCCGCUGGCCGCGCCGCAGCAGGACGGCCCGAAGCCGGCCGCGCCCCCGGUGCUGGUGCCCAAGUCCAUACUGGCCAAGCCGUCCUCGUCCCCCGAGCCCAGAUACCUGCUGUCCAUCCCGCCGUCCCCGAGCAUCAGCACGGCAGAGCCGAGGUCCCCCCCGGACGGAGACGCGCCCCUCUUCCUGUCUCGGCUCAGCACCAUUUGGAAAGGGUUCAUUAACAUGCAGAGCGUAGCCAAGUUCGUCACGAAGGCUUACCCGGUCUCGGGAUGUUUUGAUUAUCUCAGUGAGGACCUGCCCGACACGAUCCACAUCGGGGGGCGGAUCGCACCGAGGACCGUGUGGGACUACGUCGGCAAACUCAAGUCCUCUGUGUCGAAGGAGCUGUGUCUGAUCCGCUUCCAUCCCGCCACGGAGGAGGAGGAGGUGGCCUACAUCUCGCUCUACUCCUAUUUCAGCAGCCGCGGCCGCUUCGGCGUUGUCGCAAACAACAGCAGGCACAUCAAAGACCUCUAUCUGAUCCCCCUGAGCGCUGAGGACCCCGUGCCGCCCAAGCUCUUGCCCUUCGAGGGACCAGGUCUCGAGUCCCCGCGUCCAAACAUAAUCCUUGGGUUAGUAAUCUGCCAGAAGAUAAAGCGCCCUUCGACUGCUGGAGACGUAGACAAGACGGAGGAGAAGAGGGCCCGGCUGCAGGCGCCGGAGGAGCCGGACGUGCCGGGCUACCCCAAAGCGCCUCCGGCCUCGCAGUCGGAGAAGAAGCCCCCCAAAUAUCAGCUCAGCUCUGGGGACACCGCUGUCAGCGCCACGCCCCCAGGGUCCCCUCCGCCCCCGCCCCCUCUGCCAGAACCGCCCGCGUCCUCCUCCUCGUCCGUGUUGAAGAUGUUGUCGUCCCUCAAGCCGGGAGCCACCGGCACUGUCACGGCCCCACCCGCCCCGGCGGCAGUCGCCGCGGCCGCCGCCUCUGCCUCCAAAACGGCCUCGCCGCUGGAGCACAUCCUGCAGACUCUGUUUGGGAAGAAGAAAGCGUUUGAGCCCGCGGCCGUGGAGCCCACGGAGCCUGCGCCCGCCUCCCGCCCUGACACCAGGGCCGAGAGCGGGCUGCCGGCCGCGCCGCUGCUGGACCCCAUCGUCCAGCAGUUCGGUCAGUUCUCCAGAGAGAGGGUCCUGGAGGAAGAGGAAGACGACAGGCCCUAUGACCCCGAAGAGGAGUACGGUCCUGACCGGGCCUUCGACGCCCAGUUCGGGGGCCGAGGGAAGCGGCCGGACGUGGAGAGGGCCUCCGAGACGGCCGAGCGGGAAGAGGUGGCCUACGACCCCGAGGACGAGACGAUUCUAGAAGAAGCCAAAGUGACCAUCGACGAUCUGCCGAACAGGAUGUGCGCAGACGCCCGGGGCAGCGCCGCCGCCGCGCCCUCCCUCGCAGAGCAGCAGAAGAUGAUCGAGGAGCUCAAUCGACAGAUCGAGGAGCAGAAGCGGCAGGUGCAGGAGCAGGAGGAGGCGCUCCGGCAGCAGCGGGCGGCUGUGGGGGCCUCCAUGGCCCACUUCUCGGUGUCGGACGCGCUGAUGUCGCCGCCUCCCAAGGCCUCGCUGCCCAAGGCCGAGCUGCUCCCGCAGGAGCCGCAGGCCUCCAGCAGGGCCGCCGGGCCGCCCGCCAGUCAGGGGCCCGGCCCCGGCUCCGACCCACGACAGAGUCGGGACCCCCGGCAGGCCCGGCGGCUGGCCGCGGAGAGCAGCGAGAGCGAGGGCUUCUCAAAGGCUCCCGCCGGCAGCGCGCCCAGCACCCUGCCCGCCAGAGAAGUGCCCGGUGGGGCUGCCACCGGGCAGGGGCGCGCACCCGCCCCGGAAGAAAAGGAGCCCACCCCUCCGCCCUGGGCUCCUGGGGACGAGGCCACGCGGCCCGGCAAGCAGGUGGGCGCCACAGGCGAGCUCUCGGAAAGCCAAGGCCCGCCGCCCAGCGACAGCGGCCCUCCUGUGGCCGGCGGCCCCGGCCUGGCCCGGCCCGCCCGGAAGGUGCUGCUGCCCACGCCGCCCAGCACCGGCUUCCCGCCCGGCUUUGCCGCGCAGGGUGAGGGGCCGGGCUUCGGCUCCCCGGCCGGGCGGGACCCGUUUCUGAGCCCAGCGUUCGCAUCUCAGGACCGAGCCUUUGGCUCGUCGCCAUAUGAGGAUCCAAGAAACGCCCUGUUUGCUGAAAAGAGCGAUCGUUCGGCCAUGGAGACCGAAGGAGACAGAGACCCACCAUGCAGAGCUGGUGAGGGGGCAGCCCCGUACCCCCCGCCGGGGCCCCAGUUCCACGGCCAGCGCGAGCCUGCACCCCGCACUUUCGGAACGUCGGGACCUCACGGCCCCAGCUUCCCGGGGCCGCGGGGGCCAGCGCCUGCGUUUCCAGAGGAGAACAUCAUGUCUAACAACGAUGGGCCGAGAGGACCCCCAUCAGCCCGAUUCGGGGCCCAGAAGGGGCCCAUCCCUUCCCUGUUCUCAGGGCCACACGGGCCACCUCCCUACGGGGACAGCAGGGGCCCCUCACCCUCUCACCCUGGGGGGCCCAGGGGAGCAGCACCACCCCAAUUCGAGGAGCGCAAGGAUCCGCACGGCGAGGCGAGGGAGUUCCAGGACGCCCUGUACGGCGACAUGGCCGGGACUCCGGCUCCGUUUGAAGGCCUGGAACAAGGCCCGUCAGUGGGAAACAGAGGCCCGGGCCCCUUCCAGUUCGGAGGCCCGCGGAGGCCCCUGCUGGCCCAGUUUAAAGGGCCCCGAGGAGGCCCCCCUCCCUCUCAGUUUGGGGGGCAGAGAGGACCACCCCCUGGCCAUUUCGUGGGCCCAAGGGGGCCGCAUCCUGGUCAGUUUGAGGGGCCCAGAGGCCAAGCACCAAAUUUCAUGCCAGGACCCAGGGGAAUUCAGCCACAGCAGUUUGAAGAGCAAAGGGUGAACUCGCCGCCCAGGUUUGCCAGCCAGAGGGCCCCAGCCCCUCUCCAGUUCGGGGGCCCCCGGGGGGCCGCCCCUUUUCCCGACAAAAGCGAGCCCGCCCCUCCCCGCUUCCAUUUUCAGGGCCCGUCCCCUCAGGGGGCGAAGCCGGCACCCAGGCCCCUGCUGGAGCUGCCCAGCCACCCGCCCCAGCUCCGCAAGGACCGGUGGGACGAGGCCGGCCCAGCGCCCACCCUGCCCUCCGGGGGGCCCGGCCCGGGCCCUGAGGCCGAGGCGCAGUGGGCACCGCCCGAGUUCCGGGAGGGCAAAGGCCCCGACUACAGAAGCCAGGCCGGCCCCAAGGAGCAGCCGCUGGAGGAGCCCGAGGCCCAGGGCGAGAGCCGGCAGGGCCGAGCCUUCGAGGACCGCCGGCGGGAGCGUGAGCGCGGCCGGACCUGGAGCCGCGAGCGGGACUGGGACCGCGGCCGCGAGUGGGACCGGCACCGUGAGAAGGACUCCUGCCGAGGGCGCGCCCGGGACCGCGAGCGGGACUGGGAGCGGAGCCGUGAGCGGAGCCGGAACCGGGACAGGGACCGGGACCGGGACCGGAGGCGGGACCGCGACAGGUCCCGCAGCAGAGACCGCGACCGCGACAAGGCCCGGGAGCGGGAGCGGGGCCGGGAGCGCAAGGACCGCAGCAAAAGCACGGAGAGCACGCGGGACCCCAAGGCGGAGGCCCCCGCCCCCCACACCUAGGCCAGGGCCCACGGGCACUUCCUGCUGAAAGCCAAGGUCGCAGGCCGUGUGGAACACGUCGUUCUUGAGAUAGCUGUGAACCUAGAUGAAUAGAAUAUUCUGGACUUCCAAAAUUACUGUAAUUUUGUGUAUAAUGGUUUCUUACAAAAUUUCACAUCUUUACAAUUCUGAUGCUUUUUUAAAAACAACUAAAGGACUCAAUAUUUCCAUUUAGAAUUACUGAAAUGGGAAAGUGUCUACACAAGCAUAUUGCUUUUUCAGAUUAUAAAGUUAUCUCUUCCAAUAACUUGACCGGGGUAAAUGCUAAGGGAACUCCGCGGACCUCAGAGCCGUACCUCCGGUUGCUGACAUCUCACCCGUACCCCCAGGCUUCCAAACGCUGCCCGGCGGGGCGGGGCCGAGGCGCUGGCGCGGGUGC